AUGGCCAUCCAACCGUACCAGGAAGACAAUGAGGCUUCCUCUGGACCCCUCGACACCGCUCCUGCGAAACGAUUACGCUGGGCCACGCAGAGAGUGGCCGGCUCACAAGGGGGCUCAAAACGGCAAUCUAUUCUCAGACGCCUCUCGCACAAGAAGCGCUCGAGCGACGACUCGGCCAAGCGGGAAUCAAAUGGGACCGACCUCGAAUCUGUCCCUGAGAGUUCCGAGGCUUCGGCAGAACAAGAUGGUGCUGGUCGCCGCGUCUUCUUCAACAUGCCACUGCCUGAGGAUGCACGCGACGAAGAAGGACAUCCUACCACCCAGUUCGUGCGAAACAAGAUUCGCACCGCAAAGUACACCCCCCUCAGUUUCAUACCCAAAAAUUUGUGGUUCCAGUUCCACAACAUCGCCAACAUCUAUUUCCUGUUCAUCAUCAUCCUCUCGGUGCAUGCGAUCGAGGAUUGGAGAAGAACAGUUCUCGACAACGAGCUUAACAACGCACCCGCUCAUCGUCUCGUCGACUGGGAAAACGUUAACACGGCCGAGGACCGAAUCUCAUUGUGGCGAAAAUUCAAGAAAGCAAAUACUCGAGCCAUCACGUUUGUCUGGCAUCUCUGGAAGAACCGUAAAGAGUCCAAAGCCGAGAAGCGAAACUCCCAGAAAGACAGAGCCCUGGAUGAGGGUAGACCUUCUGCAGACACCAGACGACCAUCCAUGUACUCUCAGCGCAUGUCUGUGAUGUCCACGGCUACCGAAGAGCCUGACGCCAUGGAGAUGACACCGGUACACUCACCAAUGCCUGCUUCGGCCAUGGAGGGAAGCAAAGAGAUGGACUUGGGUGACCACAUUAGAAAAUCCCUGGAGAACGAUGCCCUCAAACCUGGCGACGCGCGGCAGGUUGUUGAAGUCGCAAAGGAUCCUAAUGAGUCCAAUGCGCCUAUUCCAAAACGAUUCUACGGUAACGUAAUCAACCCCAAUAAACCUAGUGGAAAAGCACGGUUCAAGAAGGAUUGCUGGAAGAACGUUCAAGUCGGAGAUUUUGUGAGACUCUACAACGAAGAGUCCAUUCCUGCAGACAUCGUUGUCUUGUCGACCUCUGAUCCUGAUGGAGCUUGUUAUGUGGAAACCAAAAACCUGGAUGGAGAGACCAACCUUAAAGUCCGCCAAGCUCUACAUUGCAGUCAGAAGGUCAAGCGAGCUCGUGACUGUGAACGGGCUGAAUUUGUCCUGGAGAGCGAACCGCCCCAUGCCAAUCUUUACUCCUACAGCGGAGCUAUUCGAUGGAAGCAACAGGGUAGUAAGAAUGCGGAGGUUGAAGCUACUGACAUGGCCGAGCCUGUCUCUAUCAACAACAUGUUGCUCAGAGGUUGCUCCAUUCGUAACACUGAGUGGGUUUUGGGUAUCGUCGUUUUCACUGGAGAAGAGACCAAGAUCAUGCUCAACUCUGGUAUCACCCCUACGAAGCGCGCUCAAAUCUCGAAGGAUUUGAACUGGAACGUCAUUUACAACUUCAUCAUUCUGUUCUUCAUGUGUCUGAUCUCGGCUGUGGUGCAAGGUACUACCUGGGGCAAAGGUAACGAAUCACUCGACUUCUUCGAAUUUGGCUCCUAUGGUGGUACGCCAGGUCUUAACGGCUUCAUCACAUUCUGGGCUGCUAUCAUUCUCUUCCAGAACUUGGUGCCCAUUUCCCUCUACAUCACCUUGGAGAUUAUUCGCACUGCUCAGGCUUUCUUCAUCUACAGCGACACUUUCAUGUACUAUGCGCCAGUCGAUUAUCCCUGCACACCCAAAUCGUGGAACAUCUCCGAUGACCUCGGUCAAAUUGAGUACAUCUUCUCUGACAAGACCGGUACACUGACCCAGAAUGUCAUGGAAUUCAAAAAAGUUACUAUCAAUGGCGUGCCUUAUGGAGAAGCAUAUACCGAAGCUCUGGCCGGCAUGCAGAAACGACAAGGAAUCGAUACCGAUGCCGAAGGGGCUAAAGCUCGUAUUCAAAUAGCUCGCGGAAAAGUCAAGAUGCUUGAGGACCUGCGCAAGCUACAUGACAAUCCUUACCUUCUGGACGAAAACGUGACCUUCGUCGCGCCCGAUUAUGUCUCUGACUUGACUGGAGCGUCUGGACCUGAACAGAAAGCAGCCAACGAGUACUUUAUGCUUGUGCUUGCGCUCUGCCAUACUGUCAUUACCGAGCGUACUCCUGGUGAUCCGCCAAAGUUAGAGUUCAAAGCACAGUCACCUGAUGAGGCUGCGCUCGUCGCAACAGCCAGGGAUUGUGGCUUUACAGUACUGGGUCGUUCAAACGACGGAAUCAUUGUGAAUGUUCUUGGUGAAGAGCGCGAAUACAGUGUCCUCAAUAUUUUGGAGUUCAACUCAUCCAGGAAACGCAUGAGUGCCAUUGUGCGAAUGCCCAAUGGAAAGAUUGUUCUCUUCUGCAAAGGUGCUGACAGCAUUAUCUACUCAAGAUUGAAGAAGGGUGAACAGCAGGAAUUGAGAAAGACCACUGCUGACCAUCUCGAGAUGUUUGCUCGAGAGGGUUUGCGCACACUUUGCAUUGCUCAAAGGGAGCUCGAUGAGGAGGAGUACCAAACUUGGAACAAACAACACGAUAUCGCCGCAGCAGCUAUUCAGAACCGCGAGGAAAAGCUCGAAGAGGUUUCUGACGCCAUUGAACGCGACCUUACUCUUCUUGGAGGAACUGCUAUUGAAGAUAGACUUCAAGACGGUGUACCUGACGCAAUCCAGCUCCUUGCUCAGGCAGGCAUCAAGCUUUGGGUUUUGACGGGAGACAAGGUUGAGACGGCCAUCAACAUUGGGUUUUCCUGUAACCUGCUGGGCAAUGAUAUGGAUCUCAUCGUUUUGAACGUUCAAGAUGAGAACCUAGCCACUGCUGAAGCAGAACUCGACAAGAACUUGGCCAUCUUCGGCAGGACUGGAUCGGACGAGGAACUCAAGGCUGCAAAGAAGAAUCACGAACCACCAGCACCGACUCACGCUGUUGUCAUUGAUGGCGAGACGUUGAAGCUCAUGCUUGACGACAAAUUGAGACAGAAAUUCCUGCUUUUGUGCAAGGAAUGCAAAUCGGUUCUCUGUUGCCGUGUCAGUCCCAGUCAGAAGGCUGCCGUUGUUGGCAUGGUUAAAAACGGGCUCGAUGUCAUGACUUUGGCCAUUGGUGAUGGUGCCAAUGAUGUUGCUAUGAUUCAGAAGGCUCAUGUUGGUGUCGGUAUCGCUGGUGAGGAAGGUAGACAAGCAGUCAUGUCCUCUGACUAUGCGAUUGGCCAGUUCAGAUUUCUCACGAGGCUUGUUUUGGUCCAUGGACGUUGGUCCUACCGCCGACUUGCAGAAACUAUUGCAAACUUCUUUUAUAAGAACAUCAUUUGGACUUUCGCUCUCUUCUGGUAUCAGAUCUAUGCCAACUUCGAUUGUUCAUACAUCUUCGACUACUCAUACAUUCUACUCUACAACCUGGCAUUCACUUCUCUACCAGUCAUCUUGAUGGGAAUCUUGGACCAGGAUGUCGAUGACAAAGUGUCCCUUGCAGUGCCCCAGCUUUACAGGCGUGGCAUUGAGAGAAAGGAGUGGACACAGAUCAAGUUCUGGUAUGGCCGAAACGUCAACGAUUAUCAACGCAUUGGUAUAUACAUUGCGAACUCCAUUGUCGUGGUGGCCAACGUUUAUAUUUUAAUGAACGCCUACCGAUGGGACUGGUUCUUCACCUUGAUUACAACAAUCUCUAUCUUGCUUAUUUGGACCUGGACUGGUAUCUACUCCUCAUUCACUGUCGGUUUCACGUUCUACAAGGCGGGCGCUGAGGCCUAUGGAGCUUUGAGUUUCUGGGCACUAACAAUGAUGGUGAUCAUUGUUGCUCUGCUUCCUCGCUUUGCCGCAAAGUCUUUCCAGAAAAUCUUCAUGCCUCGCGACAUUGAUGUCAUCCGUGAGCAGGUCAGACAAGGCAAAUUUGACUACCUCAAGAACGUGGAUCCGCAAGACUCGGACGAGGGCAGCCCACCUCCUCCUGAGAAAGUGUCGGAUUCAACCUCAAGUUCCGAGAUAAGCAAACCUUCGGGAGCACAGAGACUUGCUCACAAGUUGUCCCACAACAGAGUCCCAACAGAAGACGAACGACCGAUUUAUCCACCCUCAAUAGCGGCAACGGCAACGACUCGCAAUGCCAGAUCACACAACGGCAGUGAUGGUACCGAUUACACUGGACAUCGAUCUUCCAUUGAUCGGACGUUCCCUGCGGUUGGACAAGUGACAUCUCGUCCAUCUGAAGACUUUGGACACAGCCCGAUAGAUUUCUACCGACCCCCAGUCAUUGCUGGCGGUUUCGAGUCACCUGCACCACGACCAAGUUACGACCGACCGAGACCUUCAUUCGAUCGAUUGAGGGCCAGUAUGGAUUUCGAAAGAACUCGGCCAUCGUUCGAGAGCUCGCGAGAUUUCACUAGUGCGGCAUAUCUAUCGCGGGUGGAAAGCAGUCAUACACCUGCUGGAACACCUGCUGCGGUAGAACGAAAAGACAUCGGCUACGCUAUGUAA